AUGGAUUUUGGAAACAUGGAGGACACGCAGAACUCUGCACCCGGCAGCAUGCAAAAUGCUAAGCUCGGCAUGACAAACAAAGGCCCGGAUUCACAAAGUGUGACAAAGAGGUUACAAACCGAACUGAUGCAGCUCAUGACCUCCCCAGCGCCCGGAGUAUCUGCCUUCCCAUCCGCCGACGGUAACUUGCUUUCUUGGUCUGCCACCAUCGAGGGUCCAGAUGAUACACCGUACACGGGCCUGACGCUCAAGCUCUCGUUCGCCUUCCCCGCCAACUAUCCCUACUCACCGCCAACCGUGCUCUUCAAGACACCCAUAUACCACCCCAACGUCGACUUCUCUGGGCGCAUUUGCCUUGAUAUCCUCAAAGACAAGUGGACGGCCGCCUACAACAUCCAGACUGUGCUGCUCAGUCUUCAAAGUCUCCUGGGCGAACCCAACAAUGCUUCGCCGCUGAAUGGUGAGGCCGCAGAGUUGUGGGACAAGGACAUGGAGGAGUUCAAGCGCAAGGUUUUGAGCCGUCACCGGGACAUCGACGAAGAGUAA